AUGCGUCUCUCUCCGGCAUGGUACCAGUUUCUGGUGGGCAUUUUCGCCUCGCUGGGAUCGUUCCUUUAUGGAUACGAUUUGGGUGUGAUUGCGGAGGUUAUUGCCUGUCAGUCGUUUGACGCCAAGUUUGCAGCAGAUGACACUCAGACCGGAUUGGUCGUGUCCAUGUUCACGGCAGGUGCCUUCUUCGGCUCAGCAUUUGCGGGUCCCAGCGGUGAUAUUAUCGGCAGAAGAAAGACCAUCUCUGUCGGCUGUGUAAUCUUUUGCCUGGGUGGAGGGCUCCAGACUGGAGCACAGACAGUCGCAUACUUAUACAGUGGAAGAUUCCUGGCCGGACUUGGUGUCGGUUUCCUUACCAUGAUCAUCCCGCUAUACCAGGCUGAGAUCUGCACCCCGAUAUUCGAGGUCUGGCAGGUCCCACUUGGUUUACAAGUGGCUCCCGCCGUGUUUUUGGGUCUCUUGAUCAUGUUUUUCCCAGAGUCGCCGCGCUGGCUCAUCGACCAUGGAGAGCACGAAAAGGGCCUGCAGACGCUUGCGAAGCUUCACGCGCAUGGGGAUGUGAAUGACACAUGGGUCCGUGCUGAAUACAACCAGAUCCAGGAGAGUAUCACAUUUGAGCAUGAGAACGAAGCCAAGUCAUACCUAGAGUUGUUCAAUUCUCGGUCAUCGUUCCGCCGUCUUUUCCUUUGCUGCGCGUUGCAGGCAUCCGUGCAGAUGACGGGAGUGUCAGCCAUCCAGUACUAUUCCGUGACAAUCUAUGAGCAAAUCGGAAUCAAGGGAGACGAAACAUUGCGCUACCAGGCAAUCAAUUCCGUCAUUGCCUUGGUAGCCCAGUUCCUCUGUAUGAUGUUAAUUGACCGCUUCGGUAGACGGCGCAGUCUGAUCUUCGGAAACUUGGGUAACUGUGUCACUUUCAUCAUCGCAUGCAUCCUGUUGGCAAAAUUCCCUCCCGAAGUCAACAACUCAGGGGCUCACUGGGGCUUCAUCAUCAUGACAUGGUUAUAUAAUUUCUCAUUCUCCUGCACCUGUGGUCCUCUGUCAUGGAUCAUUCCGGCAGAGGUUUUCGAUACGCGAACUCGGUCGAAGGGUGUUUCCAUCGCUACCAUGACCUCUUAUGCGUUCAACACCAUGAUUGGCCAAGUGACGCCAAUUGCAAUGCAGAAUGUCCGCUACCGGUAUUACUUCCUUUUCAUCAUCUGCAACUUCACCAACGCAAUCUUUUUCUGGCUGUUGCUGCCUGAGACGAAGAAGUUGCCGCUUGAGGAGAUGAACUACUUGUUCUCCAACUCCCCAUGGAUUGUGGUAGGAACCAAGAAGGAGGAUUACCUUCCACAUGACCUAGAGCACAAAGUUGAGGAGCAAGAAGUGAAGCAAGAGGUUUUUGCGACACACAAGGAGUGA